AUGGAAUCGGGCCUCCCGACUGCGCUAAAUGAGAUCUUCAAUGGUCUGCGAAAUAUCGAUCCUGAGACGAGGGCUGUGGCAGGAACACAGUUGGCGGAAUAUGUUACAACAGCUGUAGGAGAAGAGCCCGACGACUAUGAUCGUCUCUGGAAUGAGUAUCUUAUCCCAUGCAUUACACGCCUCGCACAGACCUCAGAGCCAGACUGUUUUGGCGCACUGGUGGCCAUAGCUGGCCGAAGUCAACGAAAUAGUUCGAACAAUCUAUACCGGUUCUAUACACUUGUCAAAAACCUGCUCCCCAGACAACAAGCUGCCACAUCCCUCGGCAUCAUCAUCCGUCACGGUGGUGUAACGUUCGGCGAUGCUCUGAUCGACUUUGAAGUCGAGGCCGCCCUCAACAUGCUCAACCAGAACGAACGCAACCGCCAGUUCGCCCUUAUGGUUCUCUCAGAACUCGCAAAAAAUAGUCCAGGCAAUUUUUAUAAACACGUGGAGCUUGUUUUGCACCAGAUAUGGGUUCCUCUUAGGGAUCCGAGGUUCGAGGUCAAGCAUGCAGCAGCAGCGCUCGUGGCACUACCCUGUUGCCGAGCGACUCUUGACGUAACACUCGACUCGCUCCGGGCCAAUACGAACCCCGCCACUCUCAUAGCUGGGAUUUUUGUCUACAAAGAGCUACUCAAGCGCGGAGGCAUGCUUCUACAAGACUCUUAUCAAGAGGCAAGCGGUAACAUUCUGGCCCUUCGCCAGCAUCGGGAUGGUAUGGUUCGACGCUCGUGUAUAGCCAUCUUACCCGACUUGGCGGCAUAUGACUCGGACUUGUUCUCCUUUCAGCACAUGCGCGGUGUUAUCACCCAUUUGCUCGCCGUUACGGUCAAGCCUACCACCCCGGACGAACGCGGACUUGCUUUCAAGGUGAUCGGGGCACUCGCUAAAGCGCUGCAAACAGGGAUCAUGUCCAUGAUGGAUAAGAUUGUCGAAAGAAUCCAUGAGGCGCUGACGGUUAUGUUGUGCUUGGGUCGUCUGAACGAUACUGACAAGAAGACAUCUCCCCCUGUCGAUCCUGUGUUUGAAUGCAUCAAGAAAUUGGCUAAAGCACUUGGUCCGCUGUUUGCGCGGCACGCUCAGACUUAUUGGAUGCAUGUUCUCCAUCCCUUGACCGAAGGGUUAAAGCGCGCCGUCGAUGCAAUAAUCCACCAUUGUAUGGUGUUGGCAUCGGAUAUCAAAGGCGCAACGUUUGCUGCAGCUAUGACAAUGACCUUGUGCCAGCGACGCUAUGAGCCGCUUGGGUCUCCUGAAGCCAAUACCGGGACUUCUCCAGUCGCUGAUGUAAAGGCCCAGAUUGCUUUGCAUGGUUACGAACGAAUCGCCUUGGCUGCAAUCUUUGUUCUCAUUCCAACUCGUAUAGGGCACAACUUGAGCGAGGUCGUUCGUGUUUGUAUAAUCCCGUAUCUUGCGGAAGAGCACGCGAUUGUUCGGCAAACUGCGGCACUCACAGCAUGCACGCUCAUUGCUGUCGAUCCCGUGUGCUUCCAAACCAGCGAUUAUUCAGUCGGCAUCCUGAUGAACAUGUUGGAACGCCUGCUAACUCUUGCCGUCGCCGAUCAAGAUCAAACCGUGCGUCGCACUGUUCUUGGUUGGGCUGAAACUGUGCUAGAACGAUUGUAUCCGAUAUCUAUUCAUAGCCGCCAACGACGAGACCUUUGUGAAUCGCGAGUUGGCGGUGAAGCACAUUGGACGAUUGGCCGCGCUAAACCCGCCUAUGUCAUGCCUCUCUUGCGGAAAACAGUCAUACAAUUAUUACACGAAGUCGAGUUUUCAAUUGUUUCUCGGCGCAAGGAAGAAAGUGCCAAACUCCUCACCGAAUUGAUUACGUCUACCGAUACACUAAUCACGCCGUACACCAUUCCUAUUCUCCGAUGCAUUCUCUCCCGCGCACAAGAAAAGAACACGAUCGAAGUCGGGAGUGCACUCAUGAGAUGUCUGUGGGCGCUGGCCACAAUUGGCGGAGAACACAUCUCAGAAUUCAAGUCCAAGAUCAUGGAUCACGUCGUGCGCACGCUCUCUGACCCUCUUGCGGUGCGACAACGAAGGGCAGCCCUGGAGACUUUGGGUGCGCUCUGUUCUUCAACGGGGUAUCUCGUCGACCCUGAAUAUGAACACCCGAAGCUUGUGGAGUUGAUUACCAAGGUGCUGACUGGCGAAAAGAACCUCGAGACUAGGAGAGAAGCGAUGAGGGCGCUGGGAAUCAUUGGGGCUGUUGAUCAAUACAAACAUGCGCACAAUUUGGACUACGAGGAUGAUUCUAACCAAGAGGCGACCGUUGCAAAUCACAUGGAUCUUACCGCUGCUGCUGCAGAUACCAACAAGGAAGAAUACUCUUCGACAGUCUCUAUCAAGCUCCACCAAGCUGCGAUCGAAGCCAUUAUGUCCAUAUGCAAGACGCAAGGACUCAAGAUCCUUGGAUACCUACCCCAGGUCAUGCCAGUCUUCUUCCAUGUAAUCCGAACGUCUCGAUCUCAGGCGCAAGUUUAUCACCUUCAGCAACUGGGUCUAUUGGUCGGUAUCCUAGGCCAGCAUACUCGUACUUAUCUUCCCAAAAUCCUCGAGCUUGUUGGCGAACUUUGGGGACAAUCACAUAUCCUCGAACCCUACAUUGUUGCCUUGAUCGAAAACCUUGCUCGAGGAUUUGCAGCUGAAUUUGAUCAACACAUCCCAGCUAUAAUUGGGCCAAUGCUCAACAUAUUCGAACACGAUUCACCCGAGAAACAUCAAGCUGCGAUAAGUAGAGCUCUUCAGGCUAUUGUUGUGCUUGCGCCCGGAAUAGACCCGGCUUUAGUUUUGCCCGCAAUGUUGAGGACCGCAGAAAGGAUUGAUGCGCCCACAACGUUGAGGACGGCUGCUAUCUCGGCCGUGUCGAGACUUGCGGAGAGAUGUGACCUGUCUGAUCAUGCGUCAAGGAUUAUCCACCCUCUGCUUCGUAUACUCUCCAGCUCUGGGAACGAUCUUCGACUCGCGGUAAUGGAUGCAAUUUGCACCCUUAUGCAAAUAUUUGGACAUGACUUUGUGGUCCUUGUGCCUACUAUCGAAAAGUGUCUGCAGACAUAUCGUAUUAGCCACCCUCCAUUCAACAACCUCGCGCAAAAGAUGCUCAAGAACAUCCCCCUUCCUCCUUACAUUCCUUCUGAUUAUCUCAACGAUCGUCUCGAACCUAUUGCCGAGUCUGUCCAAUUGGUCGUAAACCAACAUCACUUGCGAGCUUCUUGGGACACUUCGCAGGUAUCAUCUACGGAGGACUGGCGAGAGUGGAUCAGACGAUUUGCGAUUGAAUGUCUGAAAGAAUCUCCUUCCCAUGCACUACGAUCGUGUAGAACUUUGGCCGAUUCAUAUCCUCCGUUGUUAAAGGAUCUAUUUAGUAUCAGUUUUUUUAGGUGUUAUUUUUCUCUUUCCGAGGAACUCCGUGACGAGCUUGAUAAGGUCCUUGAAGAUGCUCUUGAAGAUACGCGCAAUCCCGCGGAUGUGUGUCAUAUGAUCCUUAAUGCUGCAGAAUUUAUGGAGCAUGAUGACAAGCCCCUGCCAAUACCUCUCGUAACAUUGUCCGAGUGUGCUCUACGUACCCAUGCAUUUGCGAAAGCCUUGCACUGGCGGGAGUUAGAUUUCUUGAGCGGCGCAAGCGCAUCCGGUUCUGUCAUUGAGUCCUUGAUCUUGAUCAACACUCGAUUAGGGCAAUCAGAUGCCGCAUAUGGUAUACUCACGGCUGCGCGUGACCAACCAGAUUUUGUCGAGCAUGAGCAGUGGUAUGAGCGUCUGGGAAAGUGGAGCGAAGCAUAUGCAUUGUACAACCAUCGUAAGGGCGAAGAAGCUGAAUCUUCGAAUACUAUUCUUGGUAAAAUGAGAUGUCUCCAUGCGCUCGGAGAAUGGAGACAAUUAGAAGAACUAACGCGAAGGGAAUGGACAAACGCAACACACCAUGUUAGGGGUAAAAUUGCUCCUUUAGCGACAGCUGCAGCUUGGUCACUUCAGAAGUGGGAUUCUAUGUCGGAAUAUAUCAGUACUUUAGACGAGAAUACAGCAGACUGCGCAUUCUAUAAGGCUGUUCAAGCUGUACACCGCGACCGAUUCCCAAGGGCUCAGGAAUAUGUUGAUAAAGCACGCGAACUCCAGGACGAGGAGCUCACCGCUCUAGCAGAGCAGAACUACGGGCGUUCAUACAGUAUGGUCCUACGAAUGCAGAUGCUUAGCGAGAUCGAGGAGAUGAUUAAAUGGAAGAUGUCAGCCGAGAAUCCUCAAAGGCGGGAUACUAUUCAGAAAGUCUGGAUGCAUCGUUUGCAACAAUGCCGCCCCGAAGUAGAAGUUUGGCAACGCAUAGUCCAGUUACGCACCUUGGUAUUGCUCCCAAAGCAAGAUCCUACAAUGUGGACCAAGUUUGCGAAUCUCUGUCGCAAGAACGAUCAUCGUUUCCUUGCCGAGCGAACCUUCAACUCUCUCUUGGAUGAAAGGUUCUGGAAUUCAUCGACCGGAGCCUCUGUAGCACCCCCUUCCGUCAUUUACGCUCACCUGAAGUUCUUAUGGAGUGGCGAGAAUGAUUUCAAACCUAAGACCCUUGAAGCCAUGACGAGAUUCAUUAGGGACAUGUCUCGAGAUCUUGGACUUGACCCUGAAGAUCCAUAUGCCCAUAUAGAUGAACUCAAUACCGAGCCACAGUUGAAAGACUUUAGUAAACUGCUGGCUAAAUGCUACCUGAAGAGAUCGCAGUGGAUGAUCGAGCUUGACCCUAAUUGGGCGACUUCCAAACCGGACAUUAUACUUAGUGGCUACGAUCUUGCAACCAAGAUUGCGCCGGAUUGGUACAAGGCAUGGUCGACAUGGGCCGCAGCAAAUCAUGAAGUUAUUUCUAUAAAUGAAACCCAAACAGACCUUCGCACCGAACAACUCUCCCCUACGGUGCUAGCAUACAUUCUAGGCGCUAUGCAAGGCUUUUUCCGAAGUAUCGAGCUGAGGCAGAAAACUAGCCUCCAAGACAGCCUCCGGCUGUUGACCAUGUGGUUCAAAUAUGGUUCGCAUACUGCGGUCGAUAAAGACAUGUCCGAGGGUAUCUCAGCGCUUCCUGCCGAUACCUGGCUCGAAAUCAUUGCCAGGAUUCAAACUUCAAGUACACGGAUUCGACGGCUGAUCAAUAAUCUACUCUUGGGGGUCGGACAGGCCCACCCACAAGCAUUGAUUUACCCGCUUUCGGUUGCGUCCCGGAGUACCAGCAUAGCUCGAAAACAAGCCGCUGCUCUUAUUCUCGAUCGAAUGAGAGGACAGUACAACACGCUAGUAGAUGAAGCGUUGUCAAUCAGCAACGAACUAAUCCGAGUGGCAAUUCUCUGGCCAGAAAUGUGGCAUGAAGGAUUGGAGGAAGCUUCGAGAUUGUACUUCACAGAGCGUGACCCUGAAGGCAUGAUAGCUGUCCUUGAACCAUUGCAUGCUCAGCUAGAAGGAGGGGCAAGCACUACUCGCGAAAAGUCGUUCUUGCAAGCGUUUGGCGAACAGCUAGCCCAGGCCCGGGAACAUACGCGGGCAUAUCAAGCUUAUGGAAAUCUACGAGAGUUAACAGCGGCUUGGGAAGUGUACUAUGUUGUCUUCAAGCGGAUUGAAAGGCAGCUGGCUGCAAUGCCCGUGCUAGAUCUACAAUUCGCCAGCCCAAUUCUAAAGAGAGCGCGCAAUCUCCGUUUGGCCAUUCCAGGCUCUUAUGCCGUUGGUCGUCCAGUAGUAACGAUUGCAAGUUUCUCAUCCAACCUCGCUAUCAUAGCUUCAAAACAACGCCCCAGGCGCAUGACGAUCUAUGGUAGUGAUGGACGAGAGUAUCAGUUUGGUCUCAAGGGGCACGAAGAUCUGCGACAAGACGAACGCGCAAUGCAACUAUUCGGGCUUGUUAAUACUCUCCUUUCACAGGAUCCCGACAGUUUCAAGCGCGCACUACACAUUCAACGCUACCCCAUUAUACCACUUGCUCCGAAUGUCGGCUUAAUGGGAUGGGUUCAGCAGACUGAAACCCUCCACGUUCUCAUCCGAGAUUACCGCGAAACUCGCAGAAUUCUGUUGAAUAUUGAAUACAGACUAAUGCUACAGAUGGCACCUGACUACGAAUCACUCACCCUUAUUCAAAAGGUCGAAGUAUUCGAAUACGCCCUAGACAACACAACCGGACAAGAUCUGUAUCGAAUCUUGUGGCUGAAAAGCGUUAAUUCCGAGGAGUGGUUGGAUAGACGGACCACAUAUACUCGUUCACUUGCAGUAACAAGUAUGGUUGGGUAUAUCCUUGGGCUAGGUGAUCGACACCCUUCAAAUCUACUUAUCCACCGCAUUACUGGGAAAAUUGUCCACGUCGAUUUUGGUGAUUGUUUCGAAGUAGCAAUGAAUCGUGAGAAGUACCCAGAGAAAGUCCCUUUCCGACUAACUCGGAUGCUGACAAAAGCUAUGGAGGUCAGCGGAAUUAAGGGUCAAGGCUCAUACCGAAAUACCUGCGUUAUCACAAUGGAGGUACUACGUAGGAACAAGGACUCACUGCUCGCUGUCCUGGAAGCAUUCGUGUGGGACCCUUUGAUUAACUGGAGGCUGAUGCAACUAGCCGCUGCUGCUGCUGCCGCAGGCGCACCAAGUAGCGUGCGAGGUGGUCAGCUCCGAGUAGGACCUCUUCCUCCAGGGGCCAACAAUGAGACAAAUGCCGGCCAGAGGACAACCAUUGGUGCACCUAGUAUUCCGAAUCGUCGAGUGAGAGCGGACGAGAAUGAUAUAUUUGAUGAACGCAGUGGAGACGUUGGCCCGAGACAGGAAAAUCGAGACCAGCAAGCCUUGGCGGUCUACAAUCGAGUUCGAGAUAAACUUACUGGCCGUGACUUUCAAACAAAAGAGCCACUCCCUACCAUGGAUCAAGUGGUACGCCUCAUUGAACAGGCAACAUCUGUGAGUGGAGCAAACUUUUCCGCGUAG